AUGGUAGAAUAUACCACAAGUAUGAAUUCAGUGAUAAGUAGAGGAGGGUCAGUAGUUCCAGUAGUAGCAGCAGCAGCUUUAUACGGCACAACGGCACAUAAGAAAUCACUUGAAGCACUUAACUUCACACUGAAGGAUCAUCGGCGAAAUAACAACAUCUUUGGCGGCUUGAUGAUAUUGUUGGCAGGCGAUUUCAGGCAGACGUUGCCAGUAAUUCCCCGUGGAACGCCUGCAGAUGAAUUGAAUGCUUGCCUGAAGGCAUCACCUUUAUGUAAUAACGUAAAAACAUUAUCGCUAACCACUAAUAUGAGAGUUCAACUUCAAAAUGAUCAAAGUGCUGCACAAUUUUCCAAACAAUUGUUAGCUGUUGGAAAUGGAAAAGUCCCAGUUAAUGCGACAUCUGGAUUAAUUACUCUUACCAACGACUUUUGCCGAUUCGUAGACUCUCAAUUAGCUCUUAUUGAAAAUGUUUUCCCAAACAUUAGUGAGAAUUAUCAGAAUUAUGCUUGGUUGAGUCAACGAGCAAUUCUUGCCGCAAAGAAUAAUGAUGUACACGCACUGAAUUUCACCAUUCAAUCAAAAAUUGCUGGCGAUUUGGUGACAUACAAAUCUGUUGAUUCCAUAACAAAUCCCGAUGAUGUAGUAAAUUAUCCAACGGAGUUUUUAAACUCUCUGGAGUUACCAGCAUUUUCACCACAUAACUUGCAACUCAAAGUUGGUACAGUUAUUAUGAUAUUGCGUAAUUUGAAUCCACCGCGACUUUGCAACGGUACUCGACUUUCGGUACAAAGACUUAUGCCGAAUUUGAUUGAAUCAACCAUUAUUAACGGAAAGUACGCAGGUGAAAAUGUAUGUAUUUCUCGAAUACCAAUGAUUCCGACUAAUCUUCCGUUUGAAUUCAAACGGGUGUUUGCGGGAUAA